AUGAGUGAAUUGCCCUUUCUGAGUCCAGAAGGAGCCAGAGGGUCUCACGUCAACAGAAGUUCUCAGAGCUCCCUGGAGGAGGGAUCUGUUACUGGCUCGGAGGCUCGGCACAGCCUGAGCGUGCUCCAUGUCUCCUUCAGCGUCAGCAACCGUGUCGGGCCCUGGUGGAACGUCAGAUCCUUCCAGCAGCGAUGGGAGAGGCAAAUUCUCAAAGAUGUCUCCUUGUACAUGGAGAGUGGACAGAUAAUGUGCAUCUUAGGCAGCUCAGGCUCGGGGAAAACCACGCUGCUGGACGCCAUCUCCGGGAGGCUGCGGCGCACAGGGACCCUGGAAGGGGAGGUGUUUGUGAACGGCCGCGGGCUGCUCAGGGACCAGUUCCAAGACUGCUUCUCCUACGUCCUGCAGAGCGACGUCUUUCUGAGCAGUCUCACGGUGCGGGAGACGCUGCGCUACACAGCGAUGCUGGCCCUCCGGCGUAGCUCUCCGGACUUCUACAACAAGAAGGUAGAGGCGGUCAUGGAAGAGCUGAGUCUGAGCCACGUGGCAGACCGAAUGAUUGGCAACCAUAAUUUGGGGGGAAUUUCCAGCGGCGAGCGGCGCCGAGUCUCCAUUGCAGCCCAGCUCCUUCAGGACCCUAAGGUCAUGAUGUUCGAUGAGCCAACCACAGGGCUGGACUGCAUGACUGCCAAUCAGAUUGUCAUCCUCCUAGCAGAGCUGGCGCGCAGGGACCGCAUCGUGAUCGUCACCAUCCACCAGCCUCGCUCUGAGCUCUUCCAACAUUUCGACAAAAUUGCCAUCCUGACUUACGGAGAGCUGGUGUUCUGUGGCUCGCCAGAGGAAAUGCUUGAUUUCUUCAAUAAGUGUGGUUACCCUUGUCCUGAACAUUCCAACCCCUUCGACUUCUACAUGGACUUGACGUCAGUGGAUACCCAGAGCAGAGAGCGAGAAAUAGAAACCUACAAGCGAGUCCAGAUGCUCGAAUCUGCCUUCAAAGAAUCGGCAAUCUGUCACAAAAUCCUGGAGAAUAUUGAAAGAACGAAAUACCUGAAAAACACCUUACCCAUGAUUCCUUUCAAAAAGAAAGAUCCUCCCGGAAUGUUCUGUAAGCUGGGUGUCCUCUUGAGGAGGGUGACGAGAAACUUAAUGAGGAACAAGCAGGCGGUGAUUAUGCGUCUCGUUCAGAAUCUGAUCAUGGGUCUGUUCCUCAUUUUCUACCUUCUCCGGGUCCAGAACAACGUACUAAAGGGAGCUAUCCAGGACCGAGUGGGUCUGCUGUAUCAGCUCGUGGGUGCCACCCCGUACACUGGCAUGCUCAAUGCUGUGAAUCUGUUUCCCAUGCUGAGAGCUGUCAGUGACCGGGAAAGUCAGGAUGGUCUGUACCAGAAGUGGCAGAUGCUGCUGGCCUACGUACUGCAUGCGCUCCCCUUCAGCAUCAUCGCCACGGUGCUUUUCAGCAGCGUGUGUUACUGGACUCUGGGCUUGUAUCCCGAGGCUGCCAGAUUUGGGUACUUCUCUGCUGCUCUCUUGGCCCCCCACUUAAUUGGAGAAUUUCUCACUCUGGUGUUGCUUGGGAUGGUCCAAAACCCCAACAUUGUCAACAGUAUAGUCGCCCUGCUGAGCAUUUCUGGACUGCUCAUUGGAUCUGGAUUUAUCAGAAACAUAGAAGAAAUGCCUAUUCCUUUUAAAAUCUUGAGUUAUUUUACAUUCCAAAAAUACUGUUGUGAGAUUCUUGUAGUCAACGAGUUCUAUGGGCUGAAUUUCACUUGUGGUAGCUCCAAUACCUCUAUGCCACAUAACCCAAUGUGUUCCAUGACCACAGGAAUCCAGUUCAUCGAGAAAACCUGCCCAGGGGCCACAUCCAGAUUCACGGCAGACUUUCUGAUCUUAUAUGCAUUCAUCCCAGUGCUUGUCACCCUAGGGAUACUGGUUUUUAAAGUCCGGGACUACCUUAUUAGCAGAUAGUUACAAUACC